AGUUAGUUGGCAUUCGUUAUCUGGAAUGAGUAGUUCCACGUAGGCAACUGCGUCGUUUCUUUCCAUGCAUAUCGUCUCUUUUUCAUCUUUUGUUUCCAUUUUUGUCUUCGCCUCAUUUUGAUGUCCUCCUACACACUUCUCUUUUACUUUUUCUUUCAUUUCACUGCGUACUAGACUUUAUAGUUUACAUUUAAAACUCAAGAUCGCAGUCUUUGUUAUGUUUUGAAAAUGAAUUAGCACACGCCAGCUCACGAAAUUUGAAACAAACCGUUUCGCUGGCGGAAAACCGUUAAUUUGCUAUCGUAAAAUUAUGUUCUUUAUUUCUUAGAAAUAGAAAAGAAAAGCAUGAUUUUCAUCCAAGAAAUUUUUUUAUAUUUAAUAGAUUUUGUAUAGAUUCUUUUUAUUUGGAUAAAAACAGUUAAAAAACACUUAAAAUACAUUAAAAACGGAAAUUAAUAAGAGUUUAAGUUUGUAUUUGAUGGUUCGUCAUCACAUAAGCACGUCAUGCACGUUACGUCAUUCGGCGGCGGUUUUCAAAAGUUCAAAAUGGUGUCUGCUCAAAAUGUAAAUAAAAGAUUUAAAAAUGCAUAGAAAAGUGUUCUCAGCUUCCCUUCUCGAAAGUUUGUUGUAACAUACAUAAGGCUUCUCACAUUCAUCCAAUAUGAGUCGUAAUUUGCGAAAAUCUCAAAGAGGAAGUAAUCAUGUCCGAAGGUCAGCCAGACUUAAUGCUUUGCAAAGUUGCCAAUCUCAAGAUACAACUUCAGUCUUAAAGACAAGACAUCCUGGAGAAAAUGGAUUUGAAAGCAGUUCGUCAGAUAGUGGGAGUGUUGUUAGAACUCUGAGUUAUUCAAGCUCAGAUUGUAAUUCAAAUAGCAUCCUUAGUACUGAGCCUUGUCCAAAGAAUCUAAAGGAAAGUCACUUGUCUAAAAUUGCCCAGGGACAUACUCGCUCUUUUGGAAGAUCUUUACAGAUUAGGAAGAAUAUUGCAAUGUGGAAAGACUGUCAAGUUGAAGUCCGGGUCACGCAAAAAAAAAGACACCGUAGUCCUUCUAAUGCUGCAGUCAGCAAUAGCUUCUAUGUGGAAGUAAUGUCUGGAGAGGCUACAGCCGACUCGAUUAAGAAAACUGCUGCUCAAAAAACACCUCACAAUGAUCUCGUGGAUAAGGUUAAAGUUAAUGAAACUAAGGUCUUACCAUCGUUUGAAAAGAAAGGAAAAAUGACGCUGAAAAAGUCUGCAAAAGUUAAGAAAGGAUCUUUAGCUCGUAAACAAGAACUUCGAGCAAGGCUUGAAGAGCAAGAUGAAGGAUACGAAGACGAUGCUUUCGAGGGAACUCCAUUUCGCGAUAAAAAACCUCUGCUUAAGUAUAGUAUAUCACCAGUGGUUCUAGACGGGAGCGUACGAAAUCUAGUCAAAACAGAAUGGAAUUCAACAUGCUGUGUCACUCCAGUUAAUUGCCUUAGACCUCUUGGUCCUCUCUCGGAAUCCUCCGACAGUGACGUAAUGACACCCGGAUUACUGAAGAGUGUGGAUCGAAAGAAAAUCGAUCGCUACAUAAAUCAGUUACAAAAAAGAAAAGUGUUUAUUGGAUUCAACAAGAUGAAAUUUAAAAGCCGGCUUUCUGAAAGCAAUCGUACUGUUCUGCGUAGCAAUUCUGUUGAUAUUGGCACGACUCCUGAAAGGAUCACGAAGACAGAUGAUGAUGAGUAUAAAGAAGAUGUCGAUUAUUAUUGGAGCGACAUUGAAUAGGGCUGUUGGCGACACAAAUAUAUACGUAGUGUUGUCGAAAAUGUAUGUGUUAAUUACGGGGGGGGGGGAUGAAAGGAGCAGGGAUAUCCGUUAUUUUAGUUAAUUAUAGCUGAAUAAAUGCUGAAAUUAGAUCGUUUCAAUGUUCUGAAACAAAGAUUUGUAAAUUCA